UUGAUAGUGUAGUUUGGAGUCAACCAAGACUCAGAAGUGAACGUAGCAGCACAUACAUCGCUCUGAAACUGUUUUUACAUUUUCAUUCCAGCAUUUUAUGACUUGUACAUUUGUGUAGAUAGACUGUUUCUAUUUUUGUAAACGCGACAACAACGAGAUGGAACUUAAUUCUCUUUUAAUUCUGCUGGAGGCUGCAGAGUACUUGGAGAGAAGAGACAGAGAGGCAGAACACGGUUAUGCGUCUGUUUUACCAUACAGCAGCGACUUCUCCAGAAAGAAAACGAAAGCAUCGCCAAUUUCCAGAAAAACUCAGAACAAUAGAUCAUCACACAACGAGCUGGAGAAACACAGACGUGCCAAACUGCGGCUGUAUUUGGAGCAGCUGAAGAAGCUGGUGCCUUUGGGUCCAGACAGCACGAGACACACCACUCUGAGCUUGCUGAAAAGGGCCAAGAUGCACAUCAAGAAGCUGGAAGAGCAGGACAGGAAGGCUUUAAACAUGAAGGAGCAGCUUCAGAGAGAGCACCGCUACCUCAAACGCCGCCUGGAGCAGCUCUCUGUGUCGGGAUCCGUGGAGCGCAUCCGCACUGACAGCAUGGGAUCCACCAUCUCCACCGACUCAGAGCAAGAGGUGGACAUCGAGGGCAUGGAGUUCACCCCCGGCGAGGCAGACAGCGCGGACAGCGUCAGCGACGGCGAGGAGGAGGACCACUACAGCCUCCAGAGCAGCUCCAGCGACACCAGCUACACGGCCACACAUUCCCACAGACUGCAGCCGCACCACUGUUAGACACCGCAGCGGCCAUCCAUCUGUCAACCAGCUUCCUCACCCCAUGCUUUCCUCCCCUCGCCGUACCUUUCCCCCACCCCCUGCGAUUUGCCAACGCCACCCAACUACCGACGUCAGACCGGUCCAUGACGGCGGUACACCCUGAACCCCGUUCCUUCUCUCCAGGAAGCACACGAGGCUGAAAUGCCACUUAAAACCUUCCUUUACCACCCCCUCCCACCCACCUCCCAACCACUGACCCUACCUCACCCUGCUGUAUCCUGCCUGAACCUGCCCCUCCUGCCCUCUCACUGCCCUCUCACUGCCCUCACAACCCCGACCUAGCGUUGCUGCAGGCUCCAAGAGUGCAGAGCCGAGUUUGUGGUUUUUGUUUGGGAAUUCUGUGGCACGGUGGACAGCUUUGACUUGUUAAUUGGCGGGUGUGUGCAUAUGUGUAAAAGUGAAGAUGGGGAGUUUAUGAGAGGUCAACAAUAUAAGCUACAGUCAUUUUAAUGUGGCAAUAAUACACAGACAACACAUUGCACUAUGGGUGUGAUGUGGAAAGUAAAGCACUUGUGUUUGUUCGGCAACAUCGGGACCUCGAAAGUUGCGUUCAUCGUACGGUAUCCUCCUUUUACACAGCAAGAUUUAAAGGAGAAGCUAUUGCAAAUGUCCUGCAGGUUCCUUGAAACAUCUGACUGCUGAAAAAUGUUGGAGGAAUACACUCAUUCUCUUUCUUGCUGAGAGUUAGAUGAGAAGAGAUCUGCUGCCGGCACCUCUAAAGCUCACAAAUUCACAUGUUAAUCCGUGCUAAAGUCAGCGUUAGGUUGUAAUGUUAUGGGAUUCACAUGGAAGUAGCUUGGCUGGUGGAGAAAUACAGGGUGUCCCUAAAGUCUGGACACAUACGAAAUCUCAUUAACUAUAUAUAUUGUUUUGCCUUCACAGAUUAAAUAUGGCUUUGUCGAAAGAAGAGUUGAACUGGUGCUUGUGAAGCAUGGACGUAUUGAAAGAUAGCAGAUGACAAACCCUGUUGUGGACGACCAAAUCUAUCAGCUGAAACUAAAGAAUUGGUCAUAGCUAAAAUUCAUGUUAGCCCCCCCAAAAAUCACUUCCCUAACCCUGUCUUCGAUAUUGUCAUCCUUCACGUCCACUGAGAAGUAUCAGUUCGACUCUUUCUUCUAUCGACAAAGCCAUAUUUAGUCCGUGGAAGCAAAAAAUUACAGUUAAUGAGAUUUUCUAUGUGUCCAGACUUUAGUGACACCCUGUAGCGUAGCAGGUAACUGCAUUUUGAUGUUCUUAGAUGAUUUUUGUACACAAUAAGCAAACAAGAUAUAACAUAUUGAUUAGUGAGCUUUAGUGGUUCUGCAUAUUUCUUUAGACCGGCGGUUCCCAUUCUUUAUGCUAAGCUAACGAGCUACUGGCUUUGGCUUAACACUUCCGGUGCACAUAUGAGAGUGUGGUUGAUCAUCUCAGCGAAAAAGUGAUCCAAAACUGUUUCGUUUCCAACAUUUUAGCAAAGUUGUAAAUGCACAGCAAUACUUGUAUAAGCUGACGACUUAAAACAGGACUUUUUCAAUAGCAGCUCUGUCGCAUCUUUAUCACCGAAAGCGACAUGGAAAAGUUUCAGAGCUGUAGCAGAGAAGAAAACGUGUAAAUAGGUGUACAGUUACUGUCCAGACCCUCACGUCUCCCUUUGGUUGGGCUGCCUAACCACUACUCCACACUACUGACCACUACACUAUACCACCCUAUGGUGUGGAUGGACUACUAUGUCAAACAAAAAAAAGGAGUGGCCUCACAACUAAAACUCUAUUCCUUUAAAUAUUGAGUCACAUCUUGUGUUUCCUUCUCAGUAGCUAAUUGAUGUAGCAAUAAAUACAAGAGGCAGUGUCAAAUUGAUUCUGGUGGACGGUGAGGUGUUGCGGGAGACUUUUUCUUGUCCCAAUUUAACCCUGUAGAUGGAAAGUUGUUGCUUACAGACAGCGAACCUGCAGGAAACUGGGCUGUUUUCCCCACUUUUUUUUACAUUUUCUUUUUCACUAAUAGAUCCUUCUCUGUGUGCACAACACCAUCUACCCAGAAUGUGCAUUUCUCUACAGCUCCGUUGCUUUUCUGUUGCGUUCUUGUGUGACCGGGUUUUAAAGUGUGUAUUAUUCCGAUUAUCAAGCCAAAGCUGUGAUCGUGGGCACAAGGGCCAGCUGUAAUGAUUUUCUUCUGUCUUAGAAGCACCUAUUUUAGCUAUCUUAGCAGACUAAUCACCUUUCAUUUCUAUAACGGGACUAUUACUCUUGUUUUCUCUGCUAUCUGUUCCUUAUUUCUGGAGCUUUGAGCACUGCUGAAGGCCGACGUAGGUGACGUUUCUUUCUCUAACUUGUCAGUAACUUAUGCACAAUAGUCACUAUUGACGGAGGAGGCGCUUCUGUCGCUCUCUGACCAUUUAAUAAUCAUUAGCACCCAGUCUCUGGCAGUCUUUAGAGCUUGGCACUUUAAAAACAAAAAGGGCCGGUCCACUGCGGGCGGGUCUGACCAAAAAAAAAAUCAAAAACCUACAAAAGAGUCUGAAGAAAAUGACAAAAAAUUGCAUACAAAAGAAGCUACUCGUCACUGAAAGUGAUGCUAGCCAGUGUAGUCUAUAUUUCUUGUAUUAAAUUUUGUAUUAUAUUUUCCUAAAUGUCCUCUUGUAAUGAAAAGACAAAAAAGAGUGAGUAUAUCUAGAUAUAUAUAAAUAUAUAUAUAAAAGAGAGACAGACCGACAGACAAGGAGGCCAGGCUUGUUGAAGGGAGAGUGGGGGUGGGGGAGCUGAUACACUGGCCCCUCUCCCUUAGGUGACUCUCCUGCUGUCAUUCUGUGCCUUGGUGAGCCUUCGACCUCUCUCGUCCUCCUCUUCCUCCUCCUCCCACCACCUCCUCACCCUCGGCCCCUACUCAGGUCACACUCCCCCUCCAUCCCUCCCCUCUCUCCGUCUUCUUCUUCUUCCCCUCCGGCGGGGCUGAAAGCUUCGAUUUCAACCCGAAAACACUUCCACAAGCAAAAGGGGGGGCGUGUGAAGAGAAGACCUCAAAAUACAGAAAUGACAAAAAAAAAAAACAAGUCCCCUUGGUCUCUACUGAAGCCGCUGUUGUACUACGCCCUGUCCAGGCACUCCCCGCCCUCUCGAUGCCCACCCAUCUGCCAGUGCCGCCUCUGUCAUGGAAAAAGAAAAGAAAACACACACUGGUAAAACUCCCAUGGCAGCUUCCAGUCGCCCCCCUCCGAAUGGUCACCGACGGAGGGGGUUCGAAACUUCUGGGCUUGAAGCGUGUUUAUCUUUUUUUUCUCGUCAUUUUAUUAUUGUAUGUUGACUAUGUAUGUGUUCGGUGGGAAUCACUGGGAGAGGAGCGAUAAAAGAAUAAUCCAAUCAAUGGCAGCUUAAGGUGUUAUCCUCCGAGCUCCCGGUGGUCCGUCCCAAAAAAUAGUGUUACCCGUUGAUCAGGGGACCUCUUGAGACACAGCAAUAUUACCAUCUUGUGCUUUCUGAGGGAGGGUGGGCGGGCAGGGGUUUUUUGUUUUGUUUUUUUCUUUUUGAAAAAGACAAGCAGGUGGUUUUGCUUUUGACUCUGUGGUGCAUUUUGGUGACCAACUCUUUAUUUUUGUUUCGAUGAUUUUACCUCCUAAUCUGCACUCUCUCCAUACACUGCAGGAGGGCAAAACAAAAAUUGAACUAAACAUGAGAAAAAUGUGUUUUUUUUUUUGUCAUCAAGAGUUUACAUUCAUGUCAAAAGAUUUGUACAUGACUGUUUGUAGCAAAAAUGUCCUUUUGAACAACUGAGUAAACCCUAUUAAUGGAAUAAGAUUAUUCUCUUGCACAGAACCUCCCCAGUAAGAAACGUGACAGAGUGAAUGGGAUGAGCUCUUGGGCCAGAUAUGAGAUUAUAAUUUUUCAGUGGCGUCAUUGAAAAAUGUACAUAGCACACGCAACGCUCAGAACGAGAGGCCUACGAGCGGCUGACUGGACGUGGUAACAUUUAGCUCGAAUGUCGGAUGGAUAGUGUUUAUGGAAAUUCUUUUAAUGAUGUGCCUUGGAAAAAGUUAUUUUCUUUAUUAAGUAAAAAGCAAAACAAAACAAAAAAAAGAAGCAGAGAUUGUACCAAUUUAUGUAGACUGUUAAAUCAGGUACAGGUGGAGAGGCAAAAGAAGACGUUGGCGCUUCCCUUCUCAGAACAAACGGAGCGUAAUUCAGGAGUCAUCGGAGAGAAGAGGGCUAAAAACCGAAACUUCAGAGCGAGCGCAGACGAGAUUUUAUGUUUGCUUUCAUGUUGCCGUUGCACAGAGAUUCGAUUCGAGCACUUGGGUGUGGGGAAGUCAGCAGGCAGAGAAGAAAGAAAUCUGUGAUGAAAUAAAGGCCCGAUCGAGGCGCCAAAUGGCAAACAUCGAAGACAUCUUUCUACCCCAAAGCCUGCCGAUUAACGGUGCUCCUAAAAUCGACCCGAGGACUUCCAUGAGAUAUUAUUCCUGCCAAAUAAACAGUCACUUUUAAUCCUUCCAAAACUAAUAAGAAUUCCUGUAAGUAAUUCGAAUAGCUUUAACUACCUGUAGGCUUUAGGCCAGCUUCCCACUUUCCGCACUUCAAGCCUUCAUGUCUUUAUUUUUGCAUCUUCGUGUAUCUUUGUGUGACACUCGAACCUAGAAGCUGUCGAGGGCGAACUGGCUUUAGUUGAGGACGACGAGGAGUUUGUUUAGGGCUGACAUACUGUGCAGAGUCGGGAGAGUUCUGUGCCAGAGACCUGUGAAUAUGUUCCUUUAUAGCGGAUGUGUAAUAUGCAUUCAGAAGAUGUUAUAUAAGUUCCUUUUUUUUUUUUGUUGUUUAUUUUUUUGUGUGUGCGAGUGUGUGUACACGAGUACCUGGUGCUGGCUACAUUUUAGCAAACACUUGAAGGUAUCGCGUAUUCUCUCAUUGUAAUAUAAUUAAAAUGUUUUAUACAUAAAGACGUCAAAGCCUC